ACCGUAGACACAACUACGGGAGCAGUUUUGGGGUUAAGUGUGUUGCUCAAGGACACAUCGACGUGUGACUAGCGGAGUCACCAGUGAGUGAGAGCAGCAUAGAUGUAUUGACCAUGUGUGUUUGUGUGUGUGUGUCCUCAGCCUCCUGGUUCUGGGCCUCAGGAACAUGGAGGGCUCACGUGACCCCGCUAAGCUGGUGUCUCAGUUACUGGUGAGGAAGACUCUGGUCCAGGUCCGCCGGAGAAUCCUGCAGUGCUGUAGACCUGGUUCACCGGACAACAUCGUCAAGGCCUUCAGGUAUCAGCGGGUCCUGUGGCCGAUGCUGGUGUCCUGCCGGCAGGUGGACCCGGCAGAGCGGCGCCCCCCAGUGGAGAGAGAGGAGGAGGUCAUGCCCCUGUGGCUGCUGGUACGUCACUUCCUGUUGUUCUUUCACAUUAAAUGCCUAGAUAUAAAAACUAAUGUUUUGAACCUUAAUUUAACUCUCGACUCGUGUAUUUUAUUUUGAAGUGAAUCCUGUUUGUCUUUAUCGUCUGAAACGUUUUUAUUGUGAAGUUUCAUCAACAAACAGAAAGUCAAAAUAAAACCAUAACAAUCUU